UUUUAGCCCUAAAAACUGAAAAAGGAGUUUCUGUUUUUCCUAGUGACGUUAUUAUUAUUGUCGUUAUCAUUUUUUAAUUCCAAAAGUGCAAGACAACGAGAGAGAGAACCCGGGAUCUGAUCGGCCGGCUUAAGUGCAAGUCUAGUGUCAUAUUAGUAACUGUUACUGCUCUUUUUUAUUACUUAUUUCCUCUAAGAGGGAGGGAAGAACAAGAAAACUUCAGCAAUCUUAUCUGAUCAGUGAUUACUAUUGCUUUGGAGAAAGUGAAAGCCCUAAGGAGAAGGGGACCGAGAAAGAAGAGGAGAAAUAGGACCUGCGUUUCCCUUCGUCUCCGCAGCAGCAGCGGCAAAAGGACAAACAGAGCAGUGCGCGGGAGCAGCUGCAGAGAUAGGCGAGAGGAUGCGGGGCUCUGAGCCCGGAGCUGCGGGGCGGCAGCGGCGGCGUCUCCCCAGCGGCUGCGGUGCAGCUGGCCACAGCAGUGGGAGUUGCGACUCUUCUUCCGCUACGGUGUCUUUGGCCGGGUGCUGCUCUGCUCCCCGCCGAGCUCCGCUUUGGACUUGUCUUCUACUCUGCGCCGCACUCCGGACCCUCCUGGCCAGCCCGAGCAAUGAAGUGAAUUUGCUAGAUUCACGCACAGUAAUGGGGGAUCUAGGAUGGAUUGCUUACCCAAAAAAUGGGUGGGAAGAGAUUGGAGAAGUGGAUGAGAAUUAUGCCCCGAUACACACCUAUCAAGUAUGCAAAGUUAUGGAACAAAGUCAGAAUAACUGGCUUCUAACCAGUUGGAUCUCUAAUGAAGGUGCUUCAAGAAUAUUCAUAGAACUCAAAUUUACCCUGAGGGACUGUAAUAGCCUUCCAGGAGGACUUGGAACAUGCAAGGAGACUUUUAAUAUGUAUUAUUUUGAAUCUGAUGAAGAAGAUGGGCAUAAUAUCAAAGAAAACCAAUAUAUCAAGAUAGAUACAAUUGCUGCUGAUGAAAGUUUUACUGAACUUGAUCUUGGUGACCGAGUCAUGAAACUUAAUACAGAAGUCAGAGAUGUUGGGCCUCUGACCAAAAAGGGAUUCUAUCUUGCUUUCCAAGAUGUGGGUGCCUGUAUUGCUCUAGUAUCAGUGCGUGUAUACUACAAGAAGUGUCCUUCCGUGGUUCGAAACUUGGCGCUCUUUCCAGACACUAUCACUGGAGCAGAUUCUUCUCAAUUGCUAGAAGUGUCAGGCUCCUGUGUCAACAACUCUGUGACUGAUGAACCUCCCAAGAUGCAUUGCAGUGCUGAAGGAGAAUGGUUGGUUCCAAUUGGGAAAUGCAUGUGCAAAGCAGGGUAUGAGGAGAAAAAUGGCACCUGUCAAGACUUGGAUGAAAGCACAUGUGAUAUGCUGAUCAAAUUUAUGUGUAAGCUGUUAAGGAUAAUGAAUACAUGGGUAAUAAAAGCAGGAUCCAAACAGAUUUUGAUGAACUAG